AUGAGACUAUUUGGAUACUCUUGGUUCCAGGCAUCUCGGCCAUGGGGUUAUCUUCUAUUUAUUGCGCUUCUUGCAGGGCAAGCAGUACAUGCCUCUAUCGACCUGAAUUUGGAUAACAGAGAAUCAAUCAAGAAUGCAGCCAAGACAGCAGCAGCCGGCAUGAUGCAAUAUUAUACAGGAGACCAACCAGGCGACGUUCCAGGCAAUCUCCCCGACCCUUACUACUGGUGGGAGGCUGGAGCCAUGUUUGGGUCGCUGGUGGAUUACUAUUACUACACGGGGGAUAAGCAGUAUGUUGACGUGACGACUCAGGCGCUGCUGUGGCAAACCGGUCCAGACGAAAACUAUAUGCCUCCGAAUCAGACAAGGACGCUGGGAAACGAUGAUCAGGGCUUCUGGGGCAUGGCAGCCAUGUCAGCGGCCGAAGUCAACUUUCCCAAUCCUCCAGAGGGUCAGCCUCAAUGGCUCGCUUUAGCCCAGGCGGUCUUUACCUCCCAGGCGCACCGUUGGGAUACGGAAUCCUGCGGCGGAGGGCUGAAGUGGCAGAUCUUCUCUUUCAACAGUGGUUACAAUUACAAGAACACCAUUUCCAACGGCGUCUUCUUCAAUCUGGCUGCACGAUUGGCAAGAUACACUGGAAAUGAGACCUAUGCAAAAUGGGCAGAGACUGCGUGGGACUGGGUGUUUGCUGUCGGGCUGGCAAGUCCAAAUUAUGAGUUCUACGAUGGCACGGAUGACACGAUAAACUGUUCCGAGACCAAUCAUCUGCAAUGGACCUACAAUUCUGGCGUCUUCUUGCAUGGGGCGGCCAAUAUGUAUAACUUUACGAACGGCUCCGAGACAUGGAAGACUCGCUUGGAAGGCAUCUUGAAGGGUGCAGAGAUAUUCUUCUCAAACGACGUCAUGACGGAGAUCACUUGUGAAGACAGUGGAAAGUGCAACAUCGACCAACGCUCCUUCAAGGCAUAUCUCGCACGAUGGAUGGCUGCAACUGUCAGACUCGCGCCCUUCCUCUUCGACAAGGUCAUGCCUAAGUUGAGAGCGUCUGCUCUGGCCGCUGCUCAGCAGUGCAAUGGUCCAGGGAACGCUUGCGGUCUUCAAUGGACCAACGGUGCGGAAUACGACGGAAGCACGGGCGUGGGGGAGCAGAUGAGUGCGAUGGAGAUCUUCCAAGCCAAUCUCAUCGAGACUGUUCGCGGACCGUUGACGAACACUACCGGAGGUACCAGCAAAGGGGGGAAUGGUACAGAGACUGAUUCAGAGGAUGAUCCUUUUAGACAAGAAGAGACUGUAAUUACUGUCGCGGACCGCGCUAGCGCUGGAAUCGCGACUGCGGUUGUCGUCUUGGCUACUAUUGGCAGCGCUUGGUGGAUGACCGCAUAG